GGAGUGGAUGGUUUGUCCUGCUGUGUGCAGAGUCGCUGUGUGUCGAAGACUGCUAGGCGCUCGGCGCCUUCAGACAAAGCUCAGCUAACAUGCUAACAUGUCGUUAGCGAGCCGAGUAGCGAGUGGCAACAUCUGCAAAUAUCGGAUUUCUGAUCGAUUUUAUCCGUUCAUCAUCACUUUCAUAAACGACUGAGUCACACGGUGUCCCCUGCCACGCACAUUCAUACACCCAAACACCCGCUAUAUCAGCCAGUGAUCACAUUUUACGUCCUCGGUUGUGCAAUGGGAGUUUGUCUCUUCUGGGGAAACGUGGAUCUAAGGCAUCAGUACCUGCAGACCCUGAACUAACACACACCUGUGUGCCCUCACACACACCCACCCAGAAGGAGUGUUUGUAUUUUCUCACCUUCGAGUCAGACGCCGCUGUCUCACAGUGCGCUGCUGUGUUGCUGUCGUCCACCAUGUCGGACGCCCCUGAGGCUGCUCCCGCCAGCCCCCCUUCCAUCACCAACCCGCCCCCCCCUGAGGUCACCAACCCCAACAAACCUGGCAGAAAGACCAACCAGCUGCAGUACAUGCAGAAUGUGGUGGUGAAGACUCUGUGGAAGCAUCAGUUCGCCUGGCCCUUCUACCAGCCCGUGGACGCCAUCAAGCUGUGUCUGUGGGACUACCACAAGGUGAUCAAGAACCCAAUGGACAUGGGAACCAUCAAGAAACGCCUGGAGAACAAUUAUUACUGGAGCGCCAGCGAGGCCAUGCAGGACUUCAACACCAUGUUCACCAACUGUUACAUCUACAACAAGCCCACAGAUGACAUCGUUCUGAUGGCUCAGGCCCUAGAGAAGAUCUUCCUGCAGAAGGUGGCUCAGAUGCCGCAGGAGGAGGUGGCUCUGCUGCCUCCGGCUCCCAAAGGCAAAAACAAGAGCAAGCAGCCGGCGGCGACCACAGUGAGUCAGCAGGCGGAGUCUUCAGCCUCCCCUCCCACCUCCUACCCCUCACCCUCCCCUUCUCAGACACCUGUUAUCUCGACCACACCCACCCCUGUCCAGGCCACGCCCCCUGUCACUGCGCCACAGCCUCCGACAACCAUGAUGCCAUCUGCGCAGCCUGUUGUCAAGAAGAAAGGUGUGAAGAGGAAAGCUGACACCACCACCCCCACCACGUCGGCCAUCUGUGCCGGGCGAGCCGACUCCCCGUCCGCUCAGGACACCAAACCACCCAAACUUGCUUCCUCCCGCCGCGAAGCCGCCGCCCGUCCCGCUAAAACCCGGCGGGAGACGGUCGAGGAGGUAGUGGGGGGCGAGGUGGGAGGCGGGGCCCUGGGUGCAGGGGGGAGGAAGGGCGGUAAGCUGGGGGAGCAGAUGAAACACUGCGACGCAAUCCUGAAAGAGAUGCUUUCCAAGAAGCAUGCCGCCUACGCCUGGCCCUUCUACAAGCCGGUGGACGCUGAGGCGCUUGAGCUGCACGACUAUCACGACAUCAUCAAACACCCCAUGGACCUCAGCACUGUCCGGAAAAAGAUGGACAAAGGCGAGUACGCCGACCCGCAGAGCUUCGCCACUGAUGUCCGGUUAAUGUUCUCAAACUGUUACAAGUACAACCCUCCAGACCACGAGGUGGUGGCUAUGGCCCGCAAGCUGCAGGAUGUGUUCGAGAUGCGUUUCGCUAAGAUCCCUGAUGAGGGCCUGGAGGUGUCUGUCCCUUCUACAACGCCGCUUGUCAGCAAAAGCACCGCCUCCUCCGACAGCAGCAACAACUCCUCCUCUGAUGAAUCCUCCGACUCUGAGGAGGAGCGAGCCACGCGAUUGGCUGAGCUUCAGGAGCAGGUUGGUGCUGCCGACCAAUCACAGUUGAAGGCGGUACACGAGCAGCUGGCCGUCCUGUCGCAGGCGCCGGUCAGCAAGCCAAAGAAGAAGAAAGAGAAGAAAGACAAGGAGAAGAAGAAAGAAAAAGACAAGGACAAAGGGAACAAAGCCAAGAUGGAAGAAGAGAAGAAGCCGAAGGCCGCUGCCCAACAGCCAAAACCAGCCAAUCAGAAGAAGGCGCCAGCCAGGAAAGCUAACAGCACGGUACCGGUCACCAGGCAACCUAAGAAAGGUGGUAAGAUGGUGGGCGGUGGCUCCACCAACGGAGACGACGGUGAGGAGUCGUCCCUGCCCAUGUCCUACGACGAGAAGCGCCAGCUGAGUCUGGACAUAAACCGGCUGCCAGGGGAGAAGCUGGGCCGGGUCGUGCACAUCAUCCAGUCCAGAGAGCCGUCGCUGAGGGACUCCAACCCCGACGAGAUUGAGAUCGACUUUGAAACCCUCAAACCCUCCACGCUUCGAGAGCUGGAGCGCUAUGUCAAGUCCUGCCUGCAGAAGAAGCAGCGGAAAUUACUGCAGAAAGCAGCAGGCGGCGGAGCCUCUGGAGGCGGGGCCAGUCGUUUGAGUGGCAGCUCCUCUUCCUCCUCUGAUGACAGCUCCUCAACAGGGACCUCCUCCUCCUCUGAUACAGACUGAACACACACACCUGUUACCAUUCACACACACACACACACACGUAACACAAGACGAACACACAAUCAUCUUCCAACAUGAACAAACACACAGUCAUAGCAGAGACCUCCCGAACACACACCUGCACAUGCCCAGACGUGGAGACUGUAUGUAAAUAGGCUGACCCGUUUUUUAGCUCCUAGUUUCCUUCUUUCUUUUCUGGAGAAAAACAGUCGGAGGAGGAGAUGAAAGCAGCGACAGGGCGGCGUUUGAGUCGCAGCGAUGAGAGGCAUAAACCAGCCGGACUUUCCCUCCUCCUCCUCCUGUGGACGGCCGGCAGUGACCCCCGACCUCCGAGCACAUUCCAGAAGCAUCAGUAGAGCAUCAUGGGAGAGUUGGAGCAGCUGAUCUCUGACGGAACGCAGGUGACGGUUGGUCGGCGACGGUCACGUGAUUGGGAGAGGAGGAGGAGUUUAGUGUGAAGGUGUUGCAGAGAGAUCUGACAGUACGGCUGCCAGGGGCGCCACGGCGGCCAGAUUCAAACCUUCGGCAGCCUGGAACAUCAGAAUGCUGCAGAUCAAUCGUCUCAGCUGAUUGGUUAACGGUCAGCAGCAGCUCUGAACCUCCGAUGAGAGGAAGGAAGCUGUGCUCUCUUCCCCGACCAGAACCAGGAGGCAGGAGAAACCGCUGAGGACGGACUGAUGGCUGGUCUCUCUGUAACAUCUGUUCCAGACCUGCAACCAAACCCACAACCUGCAGUUUGUCCCGGGGUCAUUGGACCUGCCCGGCGCCGGCUCGGUCCCAGCGUGGAGACGAACUCUAUUUUUUUAACACUACAUUUCCUUUUUCUUCGGUUUGAGUUUUCAGGUUGUGCUGACCUUGUUUUGUGUCUUAUAAAGUUCUCAAUAUGAAAAUGUCUUUGUCCAGACCCGCCCCAGGCCCAGUCACUCAUACUGAACCCCCCACUCCCCCGAUGUGAGUCCACAUCCAAACCGAGCUCAUCCACCGUGGUGGGAUGAGUAUGAGGUGACGUAUAAGUCGUCGGCUCUGACGGUAAAAUGUUGGCGAAUAAAAACGAGCCUUCAUCACCAGGAGGAAGAUGAGGAAAACUUUUAUUCGUUUGAUUGGCUGUUUUUUCGUCAGUCAUGUUUCUUGUGGGUCCUUCUAGAAGAAGAGGAGGCGCGAGAACUUUAAGCUCCGCCCAUCUCCUCCCCGAGCCAAAUGCCCAACAGGAAAAGCUCUCUGGUGAUGCUGUCAGGAGCCAAUCAGAGUGAGGUGGGCGGGGAUUCUUACCUCAUUCCAGAUGUUGAGUUGUGAGGCGUCCAUUGUUCUCUCGUGGGUGUGCUGGGCCCUGCGUCGUGCCUUUCAGGCUCCGGGAUGUAACCAUGGUUUCUGAUUGGCUGGAGAGGAACUGGUCCUGCCUCCUCUGUGAUUGGUUGCUUACUGGUGAUGGUUGACAUUCAGAAAAUAAUCAGUCGUGUGGUCACCAUGGAAACAACAGAUUAGUUGCUGGACUUUUUUUUUUUUUUUUUUGCUUUUAAGCUUUCAACCAAAGUUCAUGGCUUCCCUCUGUGGUUUGUGUCGCUCGGUCGCCAUGGAGACAGGCUUUAUUGGUGACAUUUUGCAGACGGAUCAGAAACAGUUUUCUCCCAGUAUGACGGACAGCUCGUUGCCACAGUAACCCUCCUCUUUGUUUUUAGUUGAUGGUUGAGCUUUGAUGCUAAUAGUUAAUUUUUGUAUUUUAAUAAGAAAAGGAAAAAGUGAUUUUAUGUAUUUGCAUGCACUCCGGCCGUACGUUCUUUCUUCUGUAUGUUUGAGCACUGUAUAGUAGCUGUAUAGUAGCUGUCUGAGGUUAGAUGGAACUCGAGACGCAGACGCAGGACAAACCAACAAAAACCAACAAGUGAAUUAUUUGAUGUAAGUACUGAUAUGGGAUCCUUAUUUUCUGAGUUCAUUUGUUUUCAUAAAUAAACACAUAAACUGA